ACCACAUAUUAUAAACUAAACAUAAUAAUUAUAAGUACCAGUAAAUCUACAAACUUAUUUGAAUGUUAAUUUUCUCCCAAAAAUGUUUAAAAUAUUAUAUACAACAGUGAUUGCAGUUCAUGGAAUGAUGUUAUAUGAUUGACUGAGUAACAAAACUUGCCUGAAGGUUGAAUAAUGAUUAUAAAACUGUAAUACUAAUGGGUCAUCAGUAACAUUUCAGUACUGAAGUGUAACUGAACCAGCACAGUUCAAAAAUUCUUAAAGUUUUAUUAGUAUAAUAAUUUUUUUAAACUGAAAAUGAAUUUCAAAACAUUACCAAAAAUAAUUUUGUUUUACCAUUAUUUAUUGUUAAAUGUCUUAUUUUUUACAAGCGAAUCAAAACUGAUGUACAAUUGUAAAAAUGGGUUUUCAAAAUUUGGAAAUAACUGUUUCUAUUUAAGUACAAAAACAGCGACAUGGCAAGAAGCUUAUUUUGAAUGUAAAUAUUUAGCAAAAGGAAGUAAACUUGCUGUGCUUUACAAAGAAGUGGAUGAUCAUAAUAUAAGAAAAUUUUUGAAAUACAGACAUACAGAAAUAAAAGAAAGAUGGAUAGGAGGACUUUACGAUUGGAACCAGGACCAAUGGAAAUGGGCGACAUCAGGACGUAAAAUACAAUACAACCAUUUUGAGAAAAUACCAUAUUUUGAUCAAAAUGAUAAAUUUAUGUGUAUGGCAAUCGAUCCAAAUAUUAAUUACAAAUGGACUGCACGUAAUUGUUUAGAAAAAAACUAUUUUAUAUGUGAAACAAAGCCUCAACCUGAGUGUAUUGUUUAAAAUAUUUAAGUACUACAGUUAAAAAAUUACACUAACAAAAACAUAAUAAAAGUAAAAUAUCCAAAAAAUAACCUACUUGUCGAAAAAUUUAAUAAUUUUUCAAUUUUAUUAUAAUGAUAUACUUCUACAUAUUUCAGAGGAUCUUACAACUAA